AUGUCCGGGAAGCGGCUUUUGUUGUGCGGGGUUUGUUGCGUGGAUAUUGUGAACUAUGUGCAAAGCUUCCCGGAAGAGGACACCGACAACCGAGGGGUGGAUCAGGUAGGAUGUACUUUCAUUUGAAUAUAAUGUGUUAUAACGAAGGUUUUUUUGUAAAAUUUUUUGAUUAUUUUUCAGCUGAUAACCCUUGGCGGAAAUGCCACGAACAGUGGCUCUGUGUUGGCACAGCUCAACGAUUCGACAGAUCUUUUCAUGGCCGUGCCGACGCAAAACAUUUUAUUCAACAAGUAAGAGAUUUGCUUUAUGCUGGAAGGUCUGUACAAUAAACCCCAUGCAGAAACCUUGUCCGAGACUAAUUUUCGAGGUUUUGGCAUACGAUUUUACAGAUUUUGUUAGGCCAAAAUGAGCCUAAUGAAACAAAGACAAAGCCCUUCUACAACGAAUAAAUUUUUUGAUCCUUUAAAAUUCGUUUUUCAAAGCUCUGACUCUACAGCGGCGGACCUGAUCCAUUGGCAAAAAACGUACCAUUUUUGAUCAGGGAAGUAUCAAAAGUGCAGCAAAAUACCUCCUUCUCCAAGUGCAAAAAUUCCGAUUUGAAAAGCCCGCCCGCUUUUUUUGUGAGGGAAAGGGCGCACAUUUCAAAACGGAGUUUUUUUUAUUGUAGUGGGAGGUCUUUUGCCACAUUUUUGAUACUUCCCGGAUGCAAAAUUAUACGUUCUUUGCCGAUGGAUCAGGCCCCUCGUAUGCAUUAUAAACGUUUUCUACAUUGAUUCUGAUCAAAUCUUUCUAGUCUCGUCGAAAAAGCCGGGAUAAAUCUCACACGCUGCGUUCACCGGCCCACGGAAGAUGUGCCCGUCUCUACAGUCAUAUGUAACUACGAACUUGGCACCAGAACCAUCCUGCAUUACGAGGGAGAUCUUGAGGAGCCCUCGGCCAUUGAGUUCAAAGAAAUUUUUGAUGAAAUUGAUGACUAUGGGAUCAUUCAUUUUGAAGGUAACUUUUACUGCGGGUUCACAGGGAUAGCGCUAAGGGAGAGAGGAAAAAAUUUUGAUGAAAUGUUGCACAAGAUGACAAUUUUUAUACAAAAAUUCCUCCUUGUGGAUUGUCUCUCUCACUGAACCUCUAAUUUAAUCAAAUUCUCUUUAAUUUUGAGCGAAAUCAGGCCGGCAAUACGACCAAGUUGUGCAGAUUAUGGACUACAUCAAAAAGAAACGGGGCUACAAGAGAUACCCGCUGAUCAGUGUGGAAUUGGAGAUCAGAGUGCCGGAUAAAUGGGUCACGGAGUUCGUGAAACGCGCCGACAUUGUGUUUGUCAGCAAGGACUUUGCGCAAUGGCGUGGUAAGUCCACACUGCUCCCAAAAAGCUUGGGGCUUCAAAACUCAAAAUUAUGGAUUGCUUUCCAGGUUGGAAGAGCAUGUUCGAAGCGUUGGAAAUGAUGGAGAAGACGUAUGACUGCAAAAACACAAUCAUUGUCUGUCCAUGGGGAGAAAAGGUGAGUUCAAACAUUGGUUUUCCGAAUGUAAAGCUCUGUACAACAAAUUGCAAUAGAUAAAAAUAUUUUUAUUAUAUGUAUAUCAAUCUGUAAGGAAAGUAAUGUGGAUACGUUGCUUCUUGGAAUUGCCAUCAUCGCUUUGCGACGGCUUGCCGCGGCUGAAGAGUUGACGCGCGACUGCGACGAAUGA